AUGGGUUUCAAUGUGUGCCAGCCGGCAUUUCUGCAGGACCUCUUGGUCUCCUUCUGGCCACCCAACUGGCCAGUAUCUGAAAAAUACAUGGCCAUUGAUCAUGCAAUAGCCAACCUGUAUGUGGAUUUUGAUCCCCUCAUUGAUGAGCCCUGUGUAGAUGAGGUAGACCAAGCUGGGACCUACCAUUGGUGGACUGGAGAGGGCUCGGCACCCACCUGCACUGCCAUUGACAUCCACUUCCAGGAAUGGGUGACGGAUUACAUCGACGCUGGGCGCUACCUCCCCACAGGUUUCAUUUCCGACCCCACCAACCUCCCCAUGCUGCAGCAUCUGGCACUUCCUUUGGAGGUGCUGUGUCUGUGUUUGCUGGCUCAGGCAACCAGCAGUGGCAAACCCAUCGCCACCCACCCUCUGGUCCUUCCAGAGGCUAGUCGCACAGCAGCUCCUCCAAUUGGACCUCACAACGCUUUGUCUGAGGGCACUGUUGCUCUCAUACAAAGUUGA